UUCAGACAGAAUGCCGAAGGAAAUCACCGAAAUAAAGGAGUUUCUUCACCUGGCGCGGCGAAAAGACGCUAAGACGAUUAAGAUUAAGAAGACGAUCGACACGCAGCGCAUCAAUGUGCCCAAUGCGCCCAAAAAGGGAGGAGUAGCUGCGGCCAUCACGAAGAAGAAGGUGAACUGCACCAAGUUCAAACUCAGGUGCUCCAAAUAUCUCUACACUCUCAAGGUGCACGACACGACCAAAGCGGACAAGCUGAGGAACAGCUUCCCGCCUGGCUUAAACGUCACCGAAGUCUGAAAAAGAAGGCAAUGGCAAAUUAACAAAGAUGAUAGGAGAUGAUGAACGGCAGAAGUUGCUUGCUGACCUGCGGGUUCUGCUGUCAAUCUUUCCUAGCAACCUUGAAUUACGCUCGCUUAAUUGAAAAGUUAAAGCUGUGUAAUAAAGAAUUGACAUCA